AGUUCGGCUGUGGCGCGGUCCCGUCCCGCCUCUCUCGGCCUCUAAUGGAAACUCCCUUCUCCUCCAAAGAGCUGCUAGCUCUGCAAGUUCAGGCCUUCCUCAAUGCAGCUGAAGACGUCGAUGUCGAGCCCGAAACCAUAGAGGACUUACUCGAUACGCUCACUGCUCAAGAGCAGGAGAAGGAGGCUCAACCUGAGGCUGGUAAUAUUGACACUGUCGAUGUACAGAGCAAAAACAGUGCCCCCGAGCCUCCACGCACUAUAUUAGACAUUACUGGCGAUGAUAACUCGAGCGACGACCCGGACUACGUAGAUGACGGGCCUGAGGACGACGAAAUUGACAUCUCGAGCCUAUACGCUGCCCCACAAGAGCAGGGGAUCACGUUCUCGAAGCAAGAGCUGCGCGCAAUGCUACAUUACCUGAAGGAGCGAGGCAUGUCCGCAUGGGUCAAGGAAUACGUGGUCACUCGCGCCAUUCCCAUUCCAAGCCUGCUAGAGGCCUUUGGAAUCCGCCUGUGCCCCGAGCUUCGCGCCAAGAAGCCUAUGACUCUGCUAUUCUUCUUGCGGGUAGCUCUCUCGCGGGAGCUACGCAUGCGCGAGAGAUUGCCACAAUACAAUACUAUCGACGACGCUGCGAACCUGAUAAAGGGUGCCCAGCGCAUCAUGAUACUUACUGGCGCUGGUAUCAGUGUCAGCUGCGGGAUUCCGGACUUCCGGUCAUCGACCGGCCUUUACGCUAACCUGAAGGAGCGCGGAGAGUACGAACUGGAUGAUCCCCAAGAAAUGUUCGAUAUCCACUACUUUAGGGAGAAUCCUGCAGUCUUCUACUCUUUCGCACACGAAAUAUACCCCUCGAAAUUCGUGCCGUCGCCGUGCCAUAGAUUCAUCAAGCUGGUCGAAGACAAGGGCAAGCUCUUGCGAAACUACACGCAAAACAUUGACACCCUAGAGACUCUCGCCGGCGUCAAGCGCGUGCUCAACUGCCACGGCUCCUUCGCCACCGCAUCCUGCAUUCAGUGCCGCCGGCGCGUACCCGGAACGGACGUCGAAGAGGCCAUCCUCUCGAAGAAAGUCCCUGUUUGCUCUGUCUGCUGUCCGCCGGAAUCUCUGGCCCCGAAGAAGAAGAAAAAGAGCAAGAAAAAGGCGGAGGGCAAGUGGGACAGCCAGGAUGAGGAUGAGAGCGAUGGGCCGGUGUUUCCAACGGGAAUCAUGAAGCCUGACAUCACAUUCUUUGGCGAGAAGUUGACGGACGACUUUGACGAUGCGCUGAGGGAGGAUAGAGACAAGGUCGACUUGUUGAUCAUCAUUGGGACGAGUCUGAAGGUCUCUCCCGUAGCGGACCUGAUAAUGCAUCUGCCACACUCGGUCCCGCAGAUCUUGAUCAACAAACAGCCUGUCCGUCAUAUAAACCCAGACAUUGUCCUUUUGGGAGACGCCGAUCGCAUCGUGGAGCACUUGUGCUCUGUCCUCGGUUGGUCUCUACCUGAACCCGCCACGCGUGAGAGCGGAUCGGCGACGUUGACCCUACCGGAGGCGCCCAGCAUGAAGAAACGCCCGUCGUCGGACAUGCUGGAGACGCCACCUACUCGAGUCGGGAAUAGUCAUGUCUGGCUAUUCGAAGGUGCGGAAGGUGGUCGUUGGGUGGAGGCUCUGAAAGCCGAGGAGGAGACUGCUGCGGCGCAGGCCGCGAGCUCCUCGUCGGUCGAUGCGAAUACGCCUGCUGCGAAGCUAGAAGAUGGAACGAGUACGCCUGCCAAGAGGCAGAGGACAGAGUAGGAGUUGUUCCCUCGUCGUGGAAGGGGGCGUGGUGGUAUCUUAUUGUUUCUGAUCGACUAAUGCUUAUGCGCUUGGAUUAAGAUUUGAGAAAGUUGAUCCGUUAUCCUGCUAAUACUCGACGACGUU